UCUCAUAUUAACAUUUGACAUUUUGACAUAUUAGAAAAAAUAGAUUGUGUGUCAAAAAUAAACGUUUAAAGACCAUAUUCCACAUUUGUGCAACAAUCAAACCCGAACAUCCCCCGGAACAAAACAAACAGAAAAAAGAAAAACAUGCGCAUUUACCCCGUUCACGACAGCGCCAACUGGCAUCCAUCCCUCCAAACUCAAACAGUUCAUGUACGCCUACGAGGACACCUGCGACAACUUUGCCAUCGGAUUGCUCAAGUCCAGUGUUUCUAUAAAAAUUUUGUGAGACAGAAUUACACAGCAAAAGGUAAUCUAUAAAACAAACUCCAGCCAGUAGACGGAACAAACUCAAAGAUCAUGUAGAUUCAUCCACAUAACUGUCCCGAAGGUGUGCCACUGCAGAAUAAACUCAAAUAACGCUCAGUUUCCUCAAACAGUAAAGUGAAUGAUCAGGAACGGUCCAUUCGGCUGCAACGUGAGUACCACAAAAUGACUUACUCCAUUGACAUUAUGAAGGACAUCGCUUGCUGUGGACAUGUGAAUGUUUUACGGCCCUCCUUAGCAUCUAUUCUCAAUUUGGCCUGGAAUACACCGUGUAACAAAUUUUUUUUUUGUAUUGUUUCCUGGGUAGUAAGUGUUAUUUCCUAAUUGCUUAUGCCUCAAAAGUAUAGAAAAUGGCUAUUAUUCCCCACAAACUUUGCUUUUGUGACCAAGACAGUGAUAUAUUGAAAUUUACCCUUUUUCCAGAACAUUCCAGAUAGAUUCAGUGCUUAGUAAACUUGGAGUAACUUCUAGAACUUUCUAGAACUUUCCAGUAAUAUAAAUAUUAGUAUAAAUACAGGGGCCUUAAGCCCACCAGUUCAGUUUAGUUCCAGCUGCCUAAGUGGAUAUGUAUCUGCAUUUUUCUGAGAUGGCAUCAAGAGGCUGCACGCAUCCGGCAGACGCAUUUUGCUAUGUCUGUGGCCAAUUUAUCAAGACGAGCGAAAAAGUACUCCGUGGAAGCAUCUGCUAAGAUGUGUGAGGCCUACAAGGCAUAUUUUGGCAUGCCUGUCGGGGAUCAAGACAAACCUUGGGCACCACAUUUCACCUGCGAGCACUGCAAAAAAACUCUGGAAGGAUGGUACAGAGGGGAAAAGAGAGCCAUGAAAUUCACUAUCCCAAGAAUUUUGCAGGAACCCACUGACCACUUAAGCAACUGGUACUUCUGCAUGGUGGACCCUUCCAAACGUCGGAAUGGCAAGAAUGAACCUUCUAUCACGUAUCCGGACCUUCCUUCAUCCAUCGCCCCAGUGCCACACUGCCAUGAGCUCCCCGUACUCACUCCUCCGGAGAGAGAGCAGCUGCCUUUAGAAGAGAGCAGCAAGUCAGAGAGCGAGGAAGAUGUUGUAGAUCCAGAUGACAAUUUCAGAGGUGGAGCUGAGGAGAGAAACCCAUACUACCCCAACCAAAAAGACCUCAACGACUUGAUUAGAGAUCUUGGUCUCACCAAGUCCAAUGCUGAGAUUUUGACAUCUAGGCUCAAGCAGUGGAACUUGUUGAAUGAAAGUGUGCAAGUUGCAGAUCAGAGGAAGCGUCACUAACCUUUUUCCAGCUUCUUCACCCGUCAAGAUGGGCUCUGCUUCUGCCCCCUCAUCAAAUCAAAUCACUUUAUUGUCACACAGCCAUAUACACAAGUGCAAUGGUGUGUGAAAUUCUUGGGUGCAGUUCCGAUCAACAACAUAGCAGUCGUGACAGUGAUGAGACAUAUACCAAUUUACAAUAACAUCAAAUUAACACAGCACAAUUUAAACAUCUGAUAUACACAUAAUUACACUCAACAAUAUACAAAUAAUAGCAUACACUGUACAGUAUACAAUACGCACUAUAUAGAUACACAUUAUUCAAUAAGAAUAAAAAAUAAAAAUAUAUAAAAAAGUAUAUAUAGAAUGUACAGUAUUGUACUGUAUUAACAUUCAGGCUGUCGGUUGAUAGUCAGUUGUUAAGAGAGGAUAUAAUAUAAUAAUAAUAUAAUUUAUGACAGUCCGGUGUGAGAUAUAAGAGUAAGGGUAAUAAAGUGCAGUGCUGAUGUAUUUUGAUCGUGGGAAAUCAAGAGUUCAGAAGUCUGAUUGCUUGGGGGAAGAAGCUGUCAUGGAGUCGGCUGGUGUGGGUCCUGAUGCUGCGAUACCGCCUACCUGAUGGUAGCAGUGAGAACAGCCCAUGGCUCGGGUGGCUGGAGUCUCUGAUGAUCCUCCGAGCUUUUUUCACACACCGCCUUGUAUAUAUUUCCUGGAGGGAGGGAAGCUCACCUCCGAUGAUGUGUCUGGCAGUUCGCACCACCCUUUGCAGUGCUUUGCAGUUGUGGGCUGUGCUAUUGCCGUACCAGGCGGAGAUGCAGCCAGUCAGGAUGCUCUCUACAGUACAGGUGUAGAACCGUGUGAGGAUGUUGCGGUUCAUUCCAAACUUCCUCAGCCGUCGCAGGAAGAAGAGGCGCUGAUGAGCCUUCUUCACAACGACUUCAGUGUGGAUGGACCAUGUGAGUUCCUCAGUGAUGUGGACACCCAGGAACUUGAAGCUGCUGACUCUCUCCACUGGUGCUCCAUUGAUGGUGAUGGGACUAUGUUCUCCGUCUUUUCUUCUGAAGUCCACCACAAGCUCCUUUGUCUUACUGACGUUGAGGGAGAGAUUGUGCUCCUGACACCAGUGUGCCACAAUGUGACCAGUCUGUUUGAGGCAAUCGGAAUCGUCUGUAACCAGAAUGAGUGGCGCCUCUUCAUUGACAGCUCAUCCAGAAGCCUCAAAGCCGUGCUGCACCAUAAUGGUAACAAGUACCCUUCUCUUCCCCUGGCUCACUCGGUGCACCUCAAAGAGGAUUACAACAGCAUCAAGACCUUGCUGGACGCCUUGAAGUAUGAUGAGUACAUUUGGGGGCUGAUUUGUGAAAGUGAUUUGCAGUAUAAUCUCGAAAAACGACUCGCUUCUAAAUCUUUUGGAGUCAUUUUUGUAUUACUUUAGUAUAAAUAAAUGUUGUUUUUUUUUCUGACUUUAUGUGAACGAAAAGACACAAAUUCGCCCUUUUCUCAUUGUAAAUAGGUAAAUUUCAAAAUAUCA